CAAAUGUUUGUUCAGGUGGUUAUUAAGAGUGUAUAAAAGUAUCAGCUAGUUACAGAGUGAAUUAUAACAUCGCGAAAGUGUGUCGAAACAAGGGUAAAGAUGGCGUCCAAUAAAGUAUUGUGCAUAGUGUUUAUUCUGGCAUUAGUUGGAGAAAUACGCGCAAAUGUUGACUCAGACGUAGCGACGGCACCAAAGCAAUUACAAACGCACCAAAUAUUGCCGCCUUCACUUCUAUACCUACUUCACGAACCGAUUAGACACCCGCGACUACUAACGCCACCGGUAGCACCAAGCCUUCCAGUACCACCAACGCCACCAGUUGCCCCAAGCCUCCCCGUACCACCAAAGCCACCAGUUGCCCCAAGCCUGCCUGUACCACCAACGCCACCGGUAGCGCCAAGCCUUCCCGUACCACCAGCACUACCAACUGCACCAAAUACAGCGAAUCCAUUGCUGACGUCUAUUUUAUUCUUACUCAAUCGACCAAUCAGACAUCAAAAUUCUCAACCGGCUAAUCCAGGAAAUCAGGCAAAUUCACCACAGCAUCGGAAUUUACAAAAACUUCCAUAUAGUGAUUUAUACCCCUCCUCGGCAUCUGCGCCUAUUACUCCACCUGUAUCCGCAGCAGAGAAGCCAAGCAAUCCUCAAUAUACUGGACAGCUUUCGUAUGAUCCCUCAAGCGGUAACCGGAAAAUUCUGAAUGUUGUGCAUAUUCCAGUAAGACCAGUAGCUCCAAAUAAACACCAAAAAACAAGCACUAGUGAAAAUAAAGCUGAAAAUACUCCUGUAGGCCCAGCCCCAUUUUCGCCUAAAGUUUCAACUAAUUCACAACCAGAAGAUUUAUCACCGAUCCCCAAUAAUCCAAUAGGAGCAUCGCCAAUUCCUGCUAAACCCGAUUCAGCCGAAAACGAUAACACAAUUACAAUUCGUCCUAAAGACUUACCAAAUGAGCCAGUUGAUAAUAUAGAAGCUUUGCCAAUUCCAGUAAGGCCAAAUGAUAAAACUACUGAAGAUACUAAAAACAUUGACAAGUCUAAGGAUAGUACCAAUCUAGAGGAGUUAUCACUGAUACCGAGUCAAACUAAAGAAGAAUCACAAAUACCCAGUAAACCAAAUGAAGCAAAAUAUGCUACAACAGAAAACACAUCAGUAGAUGAGUUAAAUUCAAGUGACUCUCAAGAUGCUAACUCAGCAUCGCCAAUAAAUGCUAAACAGGAAGAAAAUAAUCCUGAAGGCAGCAAUACUGAGCCUGGUCAAGAAGAAACAAACCCUGGUGUACUUGGUGAAAAUACCUCACAAAAUGCGAACGCCGAUAACACGGCAAUGGAGAAAAGGCAAGAUAAAACUGCAGAGGACUCGCGUGAAACAAGUGAAGAGCCUCAAAAUCCAUUUGCAGAUUUAAUUUUGAACGGUUCUUCUUCUGAGCCAAACUCUAUGGAUAAAAAAGACGUCAAACAAACCGGUACUUCGUCUAAUGACAAAGACAACGAACAGCCCGAGGAAGUUAAAGAAAAUCCUAUGAAAGAUGUAAUUCUCAACGGUACUCCAUCUGAGCCAAACUCGACAGAAGAAAAAGAUGGACAAACAGGUAAUCUAAUGGCUAAUGCUAUAUUAAAUGGUACUUCGCCUAAUGACAGUGACCACAAAAAACCCGAGGAAGUCAAAGAAAAUCCAAUGAAGGAUGUAAUUCUUAAUGGUACUCCAUCUGAGCCAAACUCGACAGAAGAAAAAGAAGGACAAACAGGUAAUCUAAUGGCUAACUAA